GCCCCUGACUCACUUCCUUUCCGACGAGCCAGCGGAAACCUCCCCGGGCUUCCUCCCCUCCCGCUCCCCAGGGACUCGCAGGUGCCGCUGCCCCUCUAGGCCCGAGCAGGCCGGGCCAGACCCCUGACCCCUCUGGAACCGUCCCCAGGACCCUGGUGUUUUCUGUGUCCUGAGCUGCAGCCCCGGCAUCUGGCCUGGGCAGGGGGCUGCCCUUGGGCUGGGGGCCAGCAGGAGCUUCACCUGACAGCGGCAGGGAGGGCGACCUGCAUGCCGAGCGCCGCCUCUGCACCAUGGACGGCGUCCAGGCCAGUCUGGAGCCUGCGGCCGCGGGCCCCAGCAUCCCCGGCCCGAGCGUGAUCGCGCCGCUGCGCGCCGUGGUCCGCCUGCGUCGCCGCGUGUGCCUCCUGCGCAAGCGGCGCCUCCUGCCGCCGGGCGCAGGGCCGGCCUCCGGGGCUGGAGCGGCCAGAGCCGGCUGCAGCUCAGGGGCGCCGCGCGCCGACCGGGACCGGCCGCAGGUCUUCACCUUCGACGGCCCGGCCGAGCUGCCGUCCAGGACGCCGCGCAAGAGGCGCCGGCGCAGCCGCGUGGUGCUUUACCCGGAGCCCUCGCGCAAGUGCCGGCCUCACGCCGAGCGCCGGAGCCGCGCGCAGCGCUGCCUGGUGUUGCUGGUGGCCGUCGUGGGCUUCCAGGUGCUCAACGCCAUCGAGAACCUGGACGAUAACGCGCAGCGCUACGACCUCGACGGGCUGGAGAAGGCGCUGCAGCGCGCCGUGUUCGGGCAGCCGGCCGCCGUGGGGCGCAUCGUGGCGCUGCUGCGGGACUACCUGGCCACGCACGUGCACAGCCGCCCGCUGCUUCUGGCGCUGCACGGGCCCAGCGGCGUGGGCAAGAGCCACGUGGGCCGCCUGCUGGCGCGCCACUUCCGCGCGGUCCUCGAGGACGGCGCGCUGGUGCUGCAGUACCACGCGCGGCACCACUGCCCCGAGCCGCGGGCGGCGCAGGCCUGCCGCGAGCAGCUGGCCGGGCUGGUGGCCGACGUGGUGGCGCGGGCCGAGGUGGAGGAAAAGACCCCGCUAGUGGUGCUGGACGAGGCCGAGCUGCUGCCGCGGGCGCUGCUGGACGAGCUGCGGAGCCUCCUGCAGCCGCAGCGGGCCCACCACUUCCACAACGCGGUUUACGUGCUCCUCAGCAGCGCGGGCGGCGCGGACAUCACGCGCUUCGUGCUGCGCAACGCGUCGGCUGCGCGGGCCCGGCGCCCCGACGGGGACCCGGACAGGGCGGCCGCGCUGCGCGCCGAGGAGGAGCUGCGCGCGGGCCUGCGGGCGCUCCUGGUCCGCGAGCACCCGCUGUGGCAGGCCGCGGCCAUCGUGCCCUUCCUGCUGCUGGACAAGCAGGACGUGGUCAGCUGCUUCCGCGAGGAGAUGGCCGCGGAGGGCUUCUUCCCGGAGCAGGCCCGCGCCGAGCUCCUGGCGGCGCAGCUCAGCUACUACCGCGUCGCUGGCCGUGAGUUCGCCGUCACCGGCUGCAAGCAGGUGGUGGCCAAGGUCAAUCUCUUGUAGCACAGCCUUAGCAGGUCAUGGCGGUCGCCAGUGGGCCGGCGGGACUCUUGGGUUGGGGGCGGCAGUAGGAGGGAGGGGACCCUGCGGAUUUGCCCGAGGCCUCGAAUGAAUCUGUCUGCAGCCCCCACUGCCCUCCCCCAAGCUGCUUUCACCCUGGGACCUAGGGAGGCUGGCGGGGCUGGGGCAGUUCUGUGCCGGCCACUUCCAAUAACAGUUCCCCCUGA